AUGAAGCCAGGGACUCCUCUUGAAAGCUUCCGAAAAAAUCACAUUCAAAAAUUCUCAGACCAAACACAAAUGGUCAGAGAAGACCUCAGUGACUGCAUAAACAUAGCUGCUGAAUUAAACAAAUCUAGUGAAAACACCCUCAAAAGCUUAAAAGAUCAUGUAAAUCUCUAUACAGCUGCAAAUCCUUAUUGAGCUUGCAGAACAAGAAAAGGUAAAAACAAAAAUUUUGGAAGAAAAAUUCGCCCACGACCUUGAAGAAAUGCAGGAAGAAAUAUCGAAGACUGUUUACGAUAAAGAACAAGCCACUCAGUGAAACGCUUAUAAAGAAGAAAUUGAAGGAAUGGAAAAUAAUUUAUUUUCAAUAAAAUAUUUAAUAAAAAGGAAAAACCAAUAGCAUAUUUUUUAUAGAAAAAAAUAAUUUUUUAUAGAAUAACUUUGAUAUUAAGGUAUAAACUAAAAAGAGCUUAUGAAGAGGAGCUUGAAGAGGUAAAAAACACCAAAAUAGCAGUGCAAACUUUUUUAGAAGUAAAUAAGAAUUAGACUGAAAUCCCACAGCUGCGAGACUUGCUUAAUAAAGAAGACUCAUUAUAUAAAAAAGAAGAAGCUGAGCUGACAGGGAAAUUAGAAGAAGAGCUAAGGAAUGUAGAAACUGCUAGAAAAGAGCUUAGGGACGAAAUCCAGCACCAGAGAAGCGAGCUUUCACAAGAUCUACUAGCAUUUAAUAGCAGAAUUAAAGAGCAGACCUUGCUGAUGAAAAGUGAAGUCAACCAAAUUUAUUCAGUUAUUGAUGAAGAUCUUGUAGCACUUGGGGAUAUGGCGAAACUGCUCAGAUAA